AUGGGUACAUGUAAUCUGAGGUGGGGGAUAUCACCACUUCAGACGGAGUUGGAAACCCUCAUUUGGGCUAUGCAGUGUAUGUUACAAAACAACAAGUUAACCGUGGUUUUUCAGACGGACUGUUCCGAUGUGGUGAAGAUGGUGUCUAAACCAGAGGAGUGGCCGGCGUUCUCACUGUUACUUGACGAGGUGGAUAGAUGCAAGAAGGGCUUCCGUUCUUUUGCCAUCAUGCAUAUUCCAAAGAAAGAAAACACGAAGACACACAAGUUAGCACGAAGUGCUCGAACUCUACCUACUGAUACUUUACGCCCAAGUCCAUGGGAUCCAACUCCCAUAAGUGGCUGUGGAGGUGCUUCCACAGCCCCCACCGGAGAGAAGUCUGAUGCAGAAGAUGGAAGAAGCAUUGGGUGA